ACGUACUCCUCCGGGCCAGACUAUACCCCCGUUCCCUGGCAUUUUCCUCUAACAUCUCAAGAAGCUCAAGUCGUCGGAAAAUCUUCCUGAUCCGUUUGUGUAUUCCGAUUGAGAGUUGAUUAAACGAGAUGGAAAGCCGAGCUGAGUAGAGAGAAUCAUGUUGUCCAGACUCUCACUGAAGAAGUGUGCCACUAGUGGCUCCGGCAGCGGCGGCUUUUCCAAAUAUAUUUUUCAGAACAACUCCACUCUAACGUCUCCCCGAAGGGGAUUGUUUCUUUGUGACUUCCUAGUCCAAAAUAUUUCUAGUUCUCCAUGUUUUCCUGAAGCUACUUCAUUUUCUCACUUUCACCGUCAUUACACAAGCGCACACCGAGGAGAUUCCUGGCUAGAAAAACCUUUUCCUGAAUCUAAACCUUCUAUGAAGAAAAGCUCAUUAUUAAGUAAUAGAUUGCUGGCUUUGCAGUCACAUAAUAUCUCUUCAAAAUCCAUACAAGUUAGACACAUCAGUAAUCCUUCGAUUGAGCUGAAGACAGAUAAAGAUGGUGUCAGGUUUAAUUUUGGUAGUCCGGCAGUCAAUGGUGGGUCACAAAGAAAAGCAAAGAAGGCAGGCAAGAAGGUUAAAAUGUCCAAAAAAGCAAAACUUAAUGAGCUUAAGUUCUACAGGUUGAAGGCAAAAAAGAAAAUGAAUUCUCCAAACCCAGAAGUUAGGAUAAGAUAUAAACUUGAAAAGGCGAAAAGAAAGGAAGCUUGGCUGAUUGAGAAAUUGAGGAAAUAUGAGGUAUCUAAAGUUCCUGUGGAAGCAUAUGAUCCUGAAAGUUUAACUGAAGAAGAGAGGUUUUACCUGAAGCGUACUGGUGAGAAAAAGAAAAACUAUGUUCCAGUUGGGAGACGAGGUGUAUUUGGAGGUGUUGUUCUUAAUAUGCAUCUCCAUUGGAAGAAGCACGAGACGGUUAAGGUCAUUUGCAAACCUUGCAAGCCUGGACAGGUUCACGAAUAUGCUGCAGAGCUAGCUCGAUUAAGUAAGGGAACUGUUAUUGACAUUAAACCUAACAACAUUAUAAUCUUCUAUCGUGGGAAGAAUUAUGUUCAACCAGUUGUUAUGUCACCUCCAGAUACACUCUCUAAAGCUAAGGCCUUAGAAAAGUAUAGAUAUGAGCAGUCCCUGGAGCACACAAGUCAGUUUAUCGAGAAAUUGGAAAAAGAGCUUGAAGAUUAUCUUGAACACCUUGUUCAUUACAAAAAAGAAAAGGAGAAUAUGCCUCCGAGUACAACUAUUGAUACUUGAUUGUUUGCUGCAAUAUUUUCCUGUAAGAAAACAAAUAUUGCUUGGCCCCCUAAAUUACUUAUCCACGUGAUCCACAUUUAUCUCAAUUUUCUCUUUCUCUGGGAUUAUGUUUUGGAUUUGCUGAUUGGAAAUGAUGACUCAUGUAUUUUUUGUGGUAGAGGUGUCAAUCUUUUUAACUCUUCUUUGCUGCUACAAGUGAUUCUACUCCUACCCGAAACAUCCACUCCCCUAUAAAGUCCCCAUGUCCAAAAAGAUCCCCUGCCUGUCUAGCAUUUCCUUGACUCUUAUAAUGACAGAUUUCCCUAAACAAUUUCCAAUGUUGGGUGAAAAGAUAGC